UUCGUCCCUCUCUCACUCAUUUCUCCUGCUUACUUCAAUGGCGACGAAAGAUCCAGAAUCUGUUUACGAGAUAAGCAUAGAGGAUGCAAAUGGAAACAGCUUUGAACUCAGUCAAUACAAAGACAAACUUCUUUUAAUUGUCAAUGUUGCUUCCAAAUGUGGGAUGACGAACUCAAACUACACCGAACUGAAUGAGCUUUACAGCAAGUACAAAGACAAAGGUCUGGAGAUUCUUGCAUUUCCUUGUAACCAAUUUGGUGAAGAGGAACCUGGAACUACUGACCAAAUUACAGAGUUUGUCUGUACUAAGUUCAAAUCUGAGUUCCCCAUUUUCAACAAGAUUGAAGUGAAUGGAGAGAAUGCGUCUCCUCUUUAUAAGUUUGUAAAGAAAGGCAAAUGGGGAAUCUUUGGGGAUGAUAUUCAAUGGAACUUUGCUAAGUUUCUUGUUGACAAGACUGGUCAAGCUGUAGAACGUUACUAUCCAACUACUUCUCCUCUUACACUCGAGCGUGACAUCAAGAAGCUUCUGAACAUCUCCUGAAUGGUGGUGCAGUCUGACUAUAUUGCUUGUUUUUGAUAACUGUGUGUUUUGAUCAUCAACUUCUCACGUAAUAAAGCAAUGACAUUGACAUUGAGUUGAACAAAUCAGAACUGGUUUCUCUAACAAAUUAAGCCGGUUAUCUAGAUAAACAAGC